GCAACUUUCCCGCAAGAUGUGAGCCGGGCGCGCGGGGUGUCCUCCCUCCUUGCGUCGCUGCAGCAGCCGGCUGGCCGCCCGUCAUGUCCCACCAGUGACGGAUUGACCCGGCCGGCCAGGGAACGAGGAAAGAAGCGGGCGGCGGCGGCGGCGGCGGCGGGAUGUUCGGGCUGGAGCAGUUCGAGCCGCAGGGCAGCGGCAGGAGCGGCGAGCGCGGCGGCGGCUUCGGCCCGGGCAUGGGCUCGCACUUCAAGCCGUCCCCUUUCCAUGGCGGGACCCCCGGAGGCGAGUCGGGGAGCCUGGGCGCCCUGAGCGAGCCCUCCUCGGCCAUGCUGGCCAUGAACUUGAACUUGCCCGGAGAGGCGUACGGCUUCCACGCCUCACGCGGGGGCCACACGGAACUGCAGCAGGCCCAGCCUGUCCACGGGUUCUUCGGCAGCCAGCAGCCUUCGCAUGGCGCCCACCAGCAGCCGCCGUCGCACUUCGGAAGCGGGGGCUUCGGGUCCGAGCCGAGCGCCUCUUGCCUUCACGGCGGCCGGCUCCUCAGCUACCCAGGCGGCCAGCAAACCUUCGCUGCUGACGGUUACGAGCAGCAUCUGGCUGAGGGCCAGGCAGGCGGGGACGGGUUCGGGCAGCAGAGGGCAGGUCCCCUCCAGGACUUCCAGCCGCAACAGCAGCACCAUAAUCCAGGCGUGCCGGCCCCCUGCCUCCCGCUGGAUCAGUCGCCCAACCGCGCGGCCUCCUUCCACGGCCUGCCAGGAGCCGCCACCUCGGAGCCGCACGGCCUUGACUCGCAAAGGCGCCUCCCUAGCCAAGGAGCAGCCGCGGUGGAGUCCCUGGAGUACAGUUACCCGAGCAGCGAGAGUCAUUUCGACCUGCCCGUCUUCUCGCCGUCGGAGGCCGACGGGCAACUGCCCCACUACGGGGCCAGUAGGCAGCAAGUGCCACCAGGCGGGGGGAACUUCCCCGGGCCCUCCUCGGCCUUGCCCCGAGGGCCCGGCGGCCUAGGCAAGGUGCACCCCCAGCAGCAGCAGCAGCACGGCGGGGGCGGCGGCGGCGGCGGCGUUUUUUUCGAGAGAUUUGGGGGCGCUCGCAAGAUGUCGGUGGGCCUGGAGCCGAGCCUGGGCGGAGGCAGGCACCCUUUAAUGCAGCAGCACCAGCCCCCGCCGCCGGGGGCCCUGCUGGCCAGACAGAACUCGUGCCCACCGGCUCUGCCCCGGCAGCAGCCCUGCCCCGAGGGCAACGUGGCCAACCCGGGCCUUCAGGACGGCGGCCCCCUCCUGCAAGGCCAGCACGCGCAAUUCGAGUACCCCAUCCACCGGCUGGAGAACAGGAGCCUGCAGCAUCCUUACGGGCCGGGCGAGCCGGUCUUCAGCGUUCACCACCACCCGCCGGCUCAGCAGCCUCCCAACCAGCGGCUGCAACACUUCGACGCCCCUCCAUAUAUGAACGUGGCCAAGCGGCCCCGCUUCGACUCCUGGAGCGGCGGCGGCAGCGGAGCGGGGAUGCACAGCGCCAGUCUGGACAGUCACCUCUCGCCCUCGGCUGCCUACCCUGGUCUGCCGGGAGACUUCACGCCACCGGGGCCCGAGAGCUUCCCGCAGCCGGGCGCUGAACACCAGGCGGCUCUGCAGCAGCAGCAGCAGCAGCGCCAGAACGCCGCCCUGAUGAUCAAGCAGAUGGCGGCCUCUCGCAGCCAGCAGCAGCAGCAGCAGCAGCAGCGCCUCCGCCAGCCCAGCCUGCAGCAGCUGAGCCAUCACCACCCGGGCCACCAUCACCACCACCCGGGCCACCACCACGGCGAGCCCGCCUUCGAGGCGCAGGAGGGCGCCUGGUUUCCGGCGCCGCAUCCUCCCUCGGCUGCGCCGGGCGCUGGGGAAUUGCUCUUCCGGCCAGGCGUGGGCGGCAUGCCGGGAAUGCAGGAGCCGCCGCCGCCGCUGCGGAUUACGUCGGGGGGCGAAGGACAUGUGCCCUCGCCGGGCAGCCUGCACGGCCAAUUCGGCCUGAGCCCGCCCUCGGAGCGUAGCAGGCCGGGCCCGCCGGACUUCGCGGGCCAGCAGGGCUUCCCGUUCGGCGCCUCCAGCCGCCAGGCCACCCCGCACAGCGCCUCGCCCGCUUCCUACGGGCCCCCGACGGACUUCCAGUCCUCUGGGCCGCCGCCUCCGCCGCCCCGGCCGCCGCAGUCCAGCAGCAAGCUGGGCGCGCUGUCCCUUGGCUCCUUCUCGAAAGGGAGCGAGAGCAGCGGCCUCUUCGGGCAGAGCUGCUUGGCGGCCCUCUCGACGGCAUGCCAGAACAUGAUCGCCAGCCUGGGCGCGCCCAAUCUCAACGUUACCUUCGGCAAGAAGGGCGCUCCGACAGCAGUGAGCGGAGGCGUCGGGGCGGGGAGCGAAGGCCCCAAGCGUGGCAAACUCGGCCCGACGGAGCUUACCGAGCCGGGCAGCGGCGCAUCACAGCCGCCCGCUGCGGCCCCGCCGGCCCCGGGCGAGAGUGGCCUGUCCCCCAAUUACUCGCCCGGUCCGGGCCCCGACGCCAAAGCAGGAGGCGUGCGGGGUCGGGGGCGCAGGAAACGGGACAGCGGGCAUGUUAGCCCAGCCGCCGGAGGGGGCGGCGGCGGCUUCUUUGACAAGUACGGCCCCGCGGCCGGGGUGGAAGGCGGUAGUCCCGGGCAGGGAACAGAAAGAGGAGGCGGCACUCCGCAUCUCCACGAGCCCCACAAGGCGCUGAGCUCGCCCCCUUCGGCUUGGGCCAAGGGAGGCGGCGGCGACCUCCUCCUGCCUCCGCCGCCACCGCCGCCUCUUUCCGAGCAGCCCGAGCUGCUGCCCUCCCUGGAGAAGGCGGACUCUUGCUCGCCCCACGGCGCAGGUGACUUCCCCGACGAGGCCGGCAACGAGGACGAGGUGUCGUCGAGUUCAGACAACCAGCUGGCCAAGGGCUGCCCGGCAGGGCGCAGCCCGGUGCAGCCCCGUCCGGGGGACCACGCACUACUGAACGGACAGAAGGCCUCCCUGGCCCAGCUCAGCCUCCACGCCGGCGGAGGCAGCAACUCUACCUCCAGCCCCGACAGCUACGGCGGCGGCCCCCCCACCAGCACCGGCGCCCCGGUCCAGGACGAGAUCCACCCGCUGGAAAUCCUGCAGGCGCAGAUCCAGCUGCAGCGGCAGCAGUUCAGCAUCUCCGAGGACCAACCUCUGGGCCUCAAGAGCGCCAAGAAGCCCCCCGACGGCCCCGCCGGAGCAGGAGGCGGCGGCAGCCAGAACGGCGACAGUGUCGAGCUGAGCAGCUGCUGCGCCGCCACCGCCGCCGUCGAGAGCGGCAAGGGAGCCAUGAGCACCAUCGACCUGGACUCACUGAUGGCCGAGCACUCGGCCGCCUGGUACCUGCCCAGCGACAAGGCCCUCCUGGAGGGGCAGGACGACGACGACAAGGCCCUGGCGCCCUGGGAGAAGGCCAAGCCGCCCAACCCCAGCAAAGAAGCCCACGACCUCCCCUCAAGCAAGACCUCGGCCGCAGCACAGAGUGGCAGCCAUUUGCAGUGCCUUUCUGUCCACUGCACGGACGACAUGGGCGAAGCGAAGGGCCGGACUGCGGUGCCAACGUGGAGAUCCCUGCACUCGGACAUCUCUAACAGAUUUGGGACUUUUGUGGCUGCCCUGACUUGAAGAAGAAGGAGGGGGGAGGAUCUUUUCUUUUCUUUUCUUUUCUU